AUGUGUUGUGGAAGUAGAAUGUGCAUGCUGUGCACUUGUGUGAUACUAGUUGUGAUCUUGAUUGGUUUAGCCUUUGGUUUUGGAGUUUUCAAGAAUGGGUUUCAUAAGGUGAAGGAUCAUCUUGAUGUUUGUGAUCCCAAUGCUAUUGGCUCACUUUGUGGUGGUGGGAAAGCUUCAAGGCCUUUCCUGGGUUUCCCAGCUCCUCCUCCUGGCCCUUUCUAG